AUGGGCCAGAAAUUCAAGGCAUCUACCCCAAGUAAGAAGGCUGCAGCUAUCCACACUACAAAGUUAAUUACAGCAUCAGAAGGACAACUUGUUGAUGAAUCUGGUCCCAGGCUCGCAAGACAGGCAAAAUCUAAUGCCUACAAGAACCAAGUUUGGAUGUUGGAAAAGAGUACUACUUGUAAACAUGCAACAUCCAAUGGCAUGGUAUCAGAUCACAUCAAACUCCCUCAAGUUGAUUCAAAGGAUGCUACAUCUGCAAAGCACUCAAGGCAGCACAACACAGCCCCCACUGCUACAGAAAUGUUUGACUCAGAUAACAGUGGUGAUGAUGGCAACAAAGUUGCAGUGCCAAGUGAUGACUUUGAUGAGCAUCAAUCAUCCAAGGCAGCAGACUUGGAGGAUGAUCUCAAAGCGCUCAAAUUCAACAAAAAAAAACUCAAACAAGUACUGGAUUAUGAGUGCCCUCAACUGAUUCAAAGUACACGGUCCAAGAGCACCAGCUCUCAGGAAACACAAAUGUCCCAUAUUCCUAAGAGUGAUAUAGAUGACAAUGUGCAUCACACAGUUUUCUCUGAUGCAGAUGAUGACUUGCAGCUUGUGAACAAUUCUACCAAGGGUGUUGGAAGCAAGUGCUGGGCCAAGCCAGAGGACAAGAAACCAACUUGGCGCAACACCACGGAAGAGUUAUGCAGCAACACUCAAGUUGAGAAUCUCAUAACUGCCCUGCAUGCCAAACUGGUGCGAAGAAGUGAAGACAAUUAG